AUGGCCUCCGCAGAUGCCGCAGCCAGAGACGCGUGGGUCGCAGACCACGUCAGCGGUGAGGAGAGGCGGCGCUUUGUCUGUAGACAGGCAGAUGCCAUCGGGGACUUCCAAGCUAUAGCUACGCUCGAAGACCUCGACGCGUUCACAGGUUUUCAAUCCUGGUCGCCGAUCGCGCGCGCGCGCUUCCUACGGGGAUGGCGACGGCUGAGGGGCGAAGCCGUCCCGUCGCUGGCCCCCGCGGCCGUCCCGCCGUCCCCGGCAGCCGUCCCGCCUCCGGCCCCGGCGGCCGUCCCACCUCCGGCGCCAGCGGCGGCCCGGCAAUCGCCGGUCGUCGCGGAGCAGACGCGGCCGCCGCCCGCGGCGCCGCCAUCUCCCCUGGCAGCUCCCGCGACCGCCGCACCGCCGGCGCGGCCGCCCCAGCCGCCCGACGAGCACGUCAACGACGACGACGACGAUAGUGGCGAGACGGCGCCAAAGUGGGCGUGCCCGGCUUGCACCUUCCUUAACAAGGACCAUUAUGCGGCGUGCGACGUGUGCCAGGAGACGCGCCCGGCCUCGCCGGUCGCGCCGGCGACGCCUUCUCCGAAACUUCCCGCCAAGCGGCGGCAGGAGUGCAUCGACGAGGGGCCCCGGUCGACACCCGCAGCGAAGCGGGCUCGCACCAAAGGAAAGGCCGCCAAGGCUACUCGCGCGCCGCCCGCGACUCCGGCCCGGGCAGCGGCCACGGCACUCCACGCGGCCGCCGCAACGCCCGCGGUGCCGCCGCCGCCCGCGCCGCCAGUGCCGUCACCUGCACCCGCGCCUGCACCGCCGGCGCCGGCGGACACCGUCCACUCGCUUAGCUACCUCGACCAGGUCAAGGCCGAGUUCGGCGACAAGCCCGAGAUCUACAACGAGUUCCUGGAGAUCAUGAAGUCUUGUACGAGCCAACAGACCGACAUGCCCGGCGUCAUACGUAGGGUCAGCACGCUCUUCCAGGGCUACGGGGAAUUACUACACGGCUUCAACACCUUCCUGUCGGAAGAGGACAAGAUCGAAGUACCAGACCAUUUACGAGAGCAGGUACGAGGCCAGGUCAACGCCGAGCCGCGCGGCCAGACAGGGCGCGGCCAGCAACAAGCCCCAAGGCCGCGCUUUCCGAACACGUUCCCGGCGAAUACUCCGCCAUCGGAUCGUUCGAGAGCCUACGGGGACUGGGCGCAAUUCGCCGACCCGCUCUCGGACAAAAUAUACUACUACAACGUCAAGACCGGCGUGAGAUCGCCGACCUGGCCGGUUGACGACGAUGUUCCCAUGGCCGGCCCGCCGGCCGACGACCGUGGUCCUUCCGAUGAUGCCCCGCGCCGCUCGGGUCGAAAGCCAAAGCGCUCGUACACGAACUGGGCCGACAAAGACGACGCCUCCCCGGCCGUCGCGCCUAAGAAGCCCGCAGCCAAGAAACCGGCGCGCCGCAGGGCGGCCGUCUCGCCGGGUCCUGCGCCGAAGCCGAAGCGCAAAUAUAAGCCCCGGCCAGAGAAGCCUAUCCCCUUCCUCGUGAAGCUCGUGCAGCUCAUCCGGGAUGAGCCCGACGUGAUCAGUUGGACGCGCGAGGGCACCAUCGUCAUCCCGGAUCCCGCCAAGCUCGAGUCCAAGCUCCCGAGCUACUUCCGGCACCAGCACUACUCGUCGUUCCAGCGCCAGCUGAACACCUUCGGCUUCAACAAGCAGCACAAGUCCGCGAGCCCGCUGAACUCGGUCUACGUGCGCGUCAAGGGCGAGCAGCUCGCCAACGUCGACGUCGACCAGCUCCUGCGCCUGCGGCCCGUCCUGGAGUAG